AUGUCACAAAGCACUCCAGAAAGGAGAACACCAAGAAGUAGUCGCGCUGCGACACCUGGAUCAAGAAGAAGGUCAAAAACACCAGUACGAACACCAAGAAGAAGACGUUCUACAAUCGUUUCAGCUAAUUUAUUGACUCCAAGAAGGCAAAAGCGGGUUAGUACAACACCCCAGAAGACACUUCAACUACUAUCAAGAGUUUUGGCAAAAGAGGCAGAAGAACAUGAAAAAGUAACAGGUCCACCACCACUAAAUCCACCUCUACCACAAUCAAUAACAAGUUUUCAAGAAGAUGGCACACCUGAGAAUCAAUUCCAGUCAGAUCAACAACAAGAUAAUCAAUCAGACAUUGCACAUACACCAGAACUUCAGCUUCAACAAGAAUCUCCAGAUCCUUUUGAAUUUGAUUUCCAUGAUGAUAAAAAUAUUGAAGAAGAUCUUCUACAAUCUAACUUGGAUGGUUCUAUAGAGGAUGUCGAACUUAGAAGGAGACUGUCAUUCAGAAAUAGUGGGCAAUUUGGACAUCAAGGACUAUCUGAUAUAGCUUUACCAGUUGGAAUAAUGCCUGAUGAUCUUCUAGAUUCUGGUCCAUUUUCUGAUCCAUUUGCCCAAUUGUCAGAUCAAGAGGACCAGCCUUCAGCGAAGGCACCUGAUGGUAACCCAACUUAUCACUAUUCACCAACUCCAGAAGAAGGUGAUGACAUACAGAAUCCAACACCACAGAUUAUCAAAAAGCAAAAACUACAACAUAUUUCAAGUGGAUCAACUAAAAUUAUACGGCGUUCUAAAGAAUUCAGUGUUCCAAGUAAUAAGAAACUUCAAAAAUUUGCACAGACAUUCACGAAAAGAAAACUUAGUAAAGAAGCUCUUACAACUUUGAGUCAAACUAGUGAUCAGUUUUUCAAUCAAAUAUCCUCUGACCUUGCGGCUUAUACAAAUCAUUCUAAAAAUAAGGAAACAUUGAACAUCAAAACAAUAUAUUUAUUACUGAAAAGACAAAGACAAGUUACAUCUAUACAGUCUUUAUUGGAAUUAGCGGAUGAAACUUUACCUCUCGAAGAUGUGAUUGAAAUACAACGGAAUUUACAUAAGCUCCAAAAAUAA